CCUCGCGGGUCACGCUGGGAGCUGUAGUCCGCGGCGCCGGGGCGGGAGCGAACGGCUCCGCUGAGGCCGCGGCCCCCCCCCCCCCCCCCGCCCCGGGAUCGGCGUUCGGGUGCUGCCGCUUCCCUUCUCCGCCCACUCCAGGAUCCCGGCGCUGGGGUGAUGCGGGGCGGCGGGCCCCUGCGGCGGGCCGGGCUGGAGCUGCCGCUUCUCCUCCUCAUGGCCGCCUCGCCCUGGGUAGGGGCGAGGCCGCGGCCCACCGCCCGCGGGAGCCAGCCGCGGCCUAGCGUGGUGCUGGUGGCCUGCGACUCCUUGGAUGGACGCUUGACAUUUUAUCCAGGAAAUCAGACUGUGGAUUUGCCUUUCAUAAAUUUUAUGAAAAGAUAUGGCACUGUCUUUCUCAACGCCUAUACCAAUUCUCCAAUUUGUUGUCCUUCCCGUGCAGCUAUGUGGAGUGGUCUCUUCACUCAUUUAACAGAAUCUUGGAAUAACUUCAAAGGUCUCGAUCCAGAUUACAUAACGUGGAUGGAUCUCAUGGAGAGGCAUGGAUACCACACACAGAAAUAUGGGAAACUGGACUAUACUUCUGGACAUCAUUCAGUAAGUAACCGUGUGGAAGCCUGGACUAGGGAUGUUGACUUCCUGCUCCGGCAAGAAGGGAGACCCAUGGUAAAUCUUACUGGUGAUAGGAAGCGUGUGCGAGUGAUGGAAGCAGAUUGGCGGAAUACAGAUAAAGCAGUAAAUUGGCUAAAGGAAGAAGCCAUUAACCUUAGUGAACCGUUUGUUCUUUACUUGGGACUAAAUUUGCCACACCCAUAUCCAUCACCCUAUGCAGGAGAAAAUUUUGGAUCCUCUACAUUUUUAACAUCUCCAUAUUGGCUUGAAAAGGUAACUUAUGAAGCCAUUAAAAUACCCAAGUGGUCUUCUCUUUCAGAGAUGCAUCCAGUAGACUAUUACUCAUCUUACACCAAGAAUUGCACAGGAGAGUUUACAAAGCAAGAAGUGAGAAACAUUAGAGCAUUUUAUUAUGCUAUGUGUGCAGAGACAGAUGCCAUGCUGGGCGAGGUUAUUUCAGCUCUGAGAGAUACUGGGCUUCUUAAAAAAACAAUCGUCAUAUUCACUGCAGAUCAUGGGGAACUUGCUAUGGAACACCGGCAGUUCUAUAAAAUGAGCAUGUAUGAAGGAAGUUCCCAUGUUCCUCUUUUAGUUAUGGGGCCAGGUGUAAAAGAACAGCAGCAAAUACCAAAUGUGGUAUCUCUCGUGGAUAUAUAUCCUACUAUGCUUGAUAUAGCAAGAAUUCCUGUCCCUCAGAACCUCAGUGGAUAUUCUCUUAUACCACUGCUGCGUGAGAAGGCUGAAAACGAGGUGUCACCCAGAGGGCCCCGGCCCUCGUGGGUGCUGAGUGAGUUCCACGGGUGCAAUGUGAAUUCUUCCACCUACAUGCUGCGAACUGGAAAAUGGAAAUACAUCGCGUACUCGGACGGCCGUUCAGUACUUCCACAACUGUUUGACCUUACUGCUGACCCAGAUGAGCUGACAAACGUCGCCAUAAAAUUCCCGGUAAUUGUUCAUUCCUUGGACAAAAUACUCUACUCUGUAGUAAACUACCCAAAGGUUUCUUCUUCUGUUCAGGAGUAUAACAAAAGACAGUUUAUCAUCUGGAAACAAAGUUUGGGUCAGAAUUACUCAAAUGUUAUUGCCAACCUUAGGUGGCAUCAAGACUGGUUAAAGGAACCAAAAAAAUAUGAGAAUGCAAUUGACAAGUGGCUUAGUCAAAGUACGUAAAUAAAAACAACCUAGAUUUAAUAUGACUGAGGAUAUGAAAACAUUCUGCAUUUGUAAUCUUAUACUGUGAUUCAAGGGUUAGAAUUAUUGUCUUAUAUAAGCUACUGAAAGCAAAGAUGCCCAAACAAUUACUGCUGUGUGUUAGAAAGCCAGAAGCAUUUUAUAUAACUAGCUGGCACAGCAAAUCUAGGUUUUUACACGUUAUACUUCUGUAACAGUUAUGCACAGGAAGGGAUAGUACCUAAGUACUAAUUGCAUGUAUGGAAUAUUUAGCUCUUUGCAAAAAUGCAGAGUAUUAAGCAUUAGAACUCAACAGGAAUUUCCAUUUCUAAGAACAAACUAAAGCAAGGAUUACAAAAUUUAGUGUAGUGGGGUACCAAUUAUGGUGGAAAGUGCUGGAGCCACCUUUGCAUCAAGGCGGAUUUUAAGCCCACAGUGGACGCACAUUCAUUCACCUUAGAGAAGCUAUAGUGGUUAAAAUAUAAUCCAAAAGUUAACAACUACUGUUGGUCUGAAUGUAGAUGCAGUUUAUUCAGGUACUUAUUAUGUCAACAUUCCUGUUUUAUACAUGAUUGACUCUCCAUCUUUUCAAGAUCUGCCUUCUAAUCUUUUGGUUUCUGAUCUGGUACUUACUACUCCUUGCUGUUUAAAAUUUCAUGGUAGGCAUUGGCUACUAAUUGGACAUGUGUGUAAGUGAAGAGGAAUCUGGUCUCUGGUCACUGCCAGAAAUUAAAAAACAAACCAAACAAACCCAAAGCAAAACCCUCUGACCAAACUGUGAGUAGAGCAGUUCUCUGAAAAGGGAUGGUGUGAUUAACAUAGCACGAGAUGAAAACUGCUUGUCUGAAUCUCCAUCAUGCAGUUAGAUUGUGCAGGUAAAUGUGUUAAUGUGCAUCAAAGAGUGGAGAACUGGAACCUGCAAUGUACAUAGAGGAGAUGCAAUUGUAGCUUUCAGGAGAACUUAACGUAAAAAUACCAUUUCACAUUUUUCCAGGGGUGUGACAAAAAAAACAAAGCUGUUUUGGAAGAAGGUAAGAUUUAGCUAAUAACUCUUCUGCUGAAGGAAAAAUGUAAUUGUAGCAGCACUUAGAUUUGCUUAUUGUUGAUCACGGUUGUUGCUGCUAUAGUAACAGUUCAGGAUGACAUUAUACUUCAUACCUAAAUGCGUUCUGUAAUGAAAUACUCAGUGGUAGGAGAAAACAAGUAAAAUAAACAUGAAAAAUACAUGUAUUUUCUGAUGGCUAAGCACUCCCUAUGCAUUUCGGAAACAGCUUGCCACGCUACAGUUAGGUACAUAUGUAUGAAUGCUGUAGCUGUUUUAUAUUUUUGUGUUCAUAGAACAUUAAAGCUUGCCUUCUACUACUUAGUGCUAUGGUAGCAUUUUUUCUUUUUUUUUUUGAUAGGCAAGGAACAAAUUAAUAGUUAAAAAAACUUUGAAACACUGUAGCACAUGUCAUGAUAAUUUUUGCUAGAAUAAGUUCAGACAGCAGUGAAAUUAUUUAGACAAAAUCCACAUCUUAGCAGUGUAAUGUAUAAGUUGCACACGUAAAAAAAAUAAAUAUAGUCAUAUGAAGGCUUGUUCAGGCAGAAAAAGAAUUUAAAAAUUGAUCACUUUCCAGAGGUCUGGACAGAAUGAAGUAUGUUGUACAGAACACAGUAAAAUAAAAUUGUGGUGAACUAUA